AUGGCCCUAAACGACUUUCCGGCUUCUGAGAAGCCGGAGCCCUCGAGUUCCAGUUCCAAUGACGCCUCUAUCAAUCACGAAGCCAAUAUUCCGAAAGAAAAGAUUGAACGAGAGCGUGGCGCCGAUACCCACGCCGAGCAUAUCUCCGACUCCGACGCCGGAAGUCACUCAGACUCACCCAAACUACAUACUGGUGGGAAGCGAGAGCUUACCGAAGACGAUUGCUAUGACAAAUUGGGCUUCUGCUUUCCAUUUUGGAAGAAAUGGUCCAUCCUCAGCGUCAUCUUCGUCGUUCAGAUGUCGAUGAACUUCAACACGGGUGUCUAUGCCAACGCCGUGACGGGCAUGACGGAGGAAUUCCACAUCAGCGAGCAAGCAGCCCGAGUCGGCCAGUGUGUUUUCCUGGUUGCAUACGCCUUUGGAUGUGAGCUUUGGGCCCCGUGGAGUGAGGAGUUCGGCCGGUGGCCCAUCAUGCAGCUCUCCCUCUUCCUGGUUAAUAUCUGGCAAAUUCCCUGUGCCGUCGCACCCAACUUCGGCACUAUCGUCGUCUGCCGUAUUCUUGGUGGUCUCAGUUCAGCUGGAGGCUCCGUCACCCUCGGCAUGACAGCUGAUAUGUGGGAGGCCGACGACCAAGGCUUCGCAGUAGCCUUUGUGGUUCUCUCCUCCGUCGGCGGUUCAACGAUAGGCCCAUUCUUCGGUGGCUUUAUUGGUCAAUGGCUCUCCUGGCACUGGGUCUUCUGGGUCCAGCUCAUCUUCGGAGGCGUAACACAGGCAAUGCACUUCUUCAUCGUCCCCGAAACACGCGCCACAAUUCUCAUCGACCGCGAAGCCAAACGCCGCCGGAAGGAAGGCGAAGAUAUCUGGGGCCCAAACGAACUGAAAACCCCCCGUCUAGACCUCCACGACGUCCUCCGUAUCUGGAUCCGACCCUUCGAGAUGUUCCUCCGCGAACCAAUCGUCCUCUUCCUCUCCCUCCUAUCCGGUUUCUCCGACGCCCUAAUCUUCGUCUUCACCGAAUCCUUCACCCUAGUCUUCGAACAAUGGAACUUCUCAACACUAGCAGUAGGCCUCACCUUCGGCUCAAUCCUAAUCGGCUACGUAAUAGCCUACAUAAUCUUCCUACCGGACAUCUACCGCCAGAAGAAAGUGCGCCACGCACAUGGCUCAGCAAGCCGACUCGCCGAGCGCCGGCUCCUCCUCCUCCUCUUCAUAGCACCCCUGGAACCAAUCGGACUUCUAGGCUUCGCCUGGACAUCAACAGGCCCGCCCCUUCCCUGGAUCGCACCGUGCAUCUUCGCCUGCCUGAUCGCAAUGGCAAACUACGCCAUCUACAUGGCCACAAUCGACUACAUGGUCGCCGCCUACGGCCCAUACUCGGCAUCUGCAACAGGCGGCAAUGGUUUCGCGAGAGACUUCCUGGCUGGUAUUGCGACUAUGUAUUCCACGCCCAUGUACCAGAAUAUGGGCGGCAGGUAUCAUCUCCAGUGGGCGAGUACGCUGCUGGGAUGUGUUGGGUUCCUCGUGCUGAUUCCUAUUUAUGUCUUUUAUUGGAAGGGUCCGGCUAUUCGAGCUAAGAGCAAGUUUGCACAGCAACUUGCUGCUGAUCGGGAGAAGCAUUCGGAGUCGAGGAGAACUAGUGCUGUGCGUGCGUCUGUUGGUGCGUGA